UCUUCACUUCUUGUUCCUAAUCUAACUUGAAGGGGGAGAUGAUAGAGUUUCAAGGCAGUUGAUGUCACUGUACCUGAUGGCUCCAACCUUGAGGGGAGUCGUCGCGGUGGAAGGGACAACAGCGGUGGUGGUAGGGGUUACGAAGGUGGAUGGGUGGCGACGGCGGCUGGUCGAGGAGUCUAAGGCAACAUGGGUCCCAGUGGUCGCGGUAGAGUUCGUCGUGGUGGUGGAUAAGGUGGAGGAUUUGAUGACGGUGGUGCAUGCUACAGCCGUGGUGGAAUGGGUCAAGGAUUGCAACCAGGGAGGAGGCAGAUGCAGAGGCAGGUUCGGCGGCGUUUGUGCCAGCGGAAGCUGCUACAACUAUAGCCAUUUCUGGGCAUUUUGCAACAGACUUCCCAACAAGCUCUCGGUUAGCAGCACUGCAGCACCAGAUUACUCUCAAGAGACGCGCUCCCACCUAGGGGUAUUUCUUUUUUCUUUUUCCAAUUGAUUCGUAAUGGUUUGCGAUGAUGAGUUGUGUGUGUUCCUUACUAUUUGAUCUGAUGUAAAUGUCUGUACAAUUGUUGUUGUUGUUGUUGUUGUGGAGAGGCGUCUUUCUCCAUUGAUGCAGAAAAUCCAGAACAGGAUUCUAAUUGUCCUUUGCCAAAAGAAUAAUUUAGGAACUAAGAGAUACGGGCGGCUGGAAGUACCUAUGGAAAUCACUUCCGUGUGACAACAUAUGGAGAGUCUCAUGGGAGAGGUGUUGGUUGUGUCAUUGAUGGGUGUCCUCCUCGCAUCCCUCUCUCCGAGUCUGACGUGCAAGUUGAUCUUGACAGAAGUUCUUGUGUAUAGGAGGCCAGGCCAAAGCAAAAUUACAACUCCUAGAGACGAGACUGAUACGUGUAAAAUAUUUUCAGGAGUCUUCGAAGGACUUACUACUGGAACUCCAAUCCAUGUAUUUGUACCUAGUACUGAUCAAAGAGGACGUGACUAUAGUGAGUUGUCAUCGGGUUAUAGGCCUUCCCAUGCUGAUGCAACCUAUGACAUGAAGUAUGGUAUCAGAUCAGUUCAGGGGGGUGGUAGAUCUUCUGCAAGAGAAACCAUUGGAAGGGUUGCUUCUGGUGCUGUUGCUAAAAAAAUCCUUAAGGAUUUUGCAGGAACUGAGAUUCUUGCAUAUGUGUCUCAAGUUCACAAGGUUGUUCUGCCAGAGGACUUAAUUGAUAAUGAGACUGUGACACUUGAUCAGAUCGAGAGCAACAUUGUUCGAUGUCCUGACCCUGAAUAUGCAGAGAAGAUGAUAGCUGCUAUUGAUGCUGUCCGAGUUAGAGGUGAUUCUGUUGGUGGUGUUGUGACAUGCAUAGUGAGGAACUGUCCACGUGGGAUUGGUUCACCAGUAUUUGACAAACUUGAAGCUGAACUGGCUAAAGCUGCUAUGUCAUUGCCUGCAACCAAGGGCUUUCAAUUUGGUAGUGGGUUUGCAGGUACCUUUUUGACUGGGAGUGAACACAAUGAUGAGUUCUAUAUUGAUGAACAUGGAAGGACAAGGACAAGAACAAAUCGUUCUGGUGGGAUACAGGGUGGAAUUUCCAAUGGAGAAAUCAUAAACAUGAGAAUAGCUUUCAAGCCGACAUCAACUAUUGCUAAGGAGCAAAAUACGGUGACUCGAGAUAAAAAAGAAACGAUUCUGAGAGUUCGUGGUCGUCAUGAUCCUUGUGUUGUCCCAAGAGCUGUACCCGUGGUAGAGGCCAUGGUAAGUUUGGUGCUUGUGGACCAGUUGAUGGCGCAGUAUGCACAGUGUAAUCUGUUUCCCGUAAACUCAGAUUUGCAAGAACCUUUGUUGCCCGUAUUACAGCCAGAAGAAGUACCCUCUUGAAUGAUAUUAAAAAUACCAGUGGUUAAUUAUAUUUAUUCGUAAAAUUGUAUUCGUAUUAUUUUGUACUUAUAUGAUUAAUUAUAUUUAUUCGACUUUUAAAAAA